CCCUUCACCUCAUCUUUCUCUUAUCGCAUUGCGGUCACCGAAACCCACCACCGAGCAUGGAGCAGCCCUCGGCCCCGAACGCCGCCGCAACCGGCGGUAACGAGGGCGCCGACGCAAAGAAGCGCCCGCCGGGGCCGGAGGAGAUCCUCGCCCACUACGAGUCCCAGGGCCUGGGCCCCAGGGAGGCCGCCCUCCGGGCCGUCGGCGACCUCCAAUCCCUCCUCUACACCUCCCUCGCCUCAGGCCGCGGCAGGAAGGAUCGCUUCAUGUCCGACACCCUCCGCAAGCUCGACAACGCCAACGCCCGCCUCGUCAUCCUCGAGUCCAAGCUAGACUCCAAGCCGGGGCUCGGCCAGACCCUCGCCGUCGGUCUCGCCUCCGGCGGGCUCCUCCGUGGCGCCGGCGCCGCCCUCCCUCACGUCCUCGGCGGUCUCCGCGGCAUCUGGGACUCCGUUAGCGCUACCACCAGGAGCUCCCCAUCCGCUUCUUAGCUCACAGUGGAGUGGAUCAUCCUCCUCUCCCCGUCAUGUUCUGUUGUUGAGGCCGAGCAAUAAAAACCUCUUGGCGUGU